AUGAACAAGUUUGAUAACUUAGGUGAUACUUUAGCUGAUGUUGACUGGAAGUCAAAGUCUCUCAAACCCUUUAAGAAAGAUUUUUACAAGGAACACCCUGACGUUUCAAAGAGAUCUGAAGAUGAAGUCAAAAAGAUACUUGAAGGACUGAAAAUUACGGUCAAAGGAACUAAUGUCCCUCGGCCAGUCACAACAUUCGAGGAGGCCAGAUUUCCCAAGUACAUUAUGGAAACUCUAGUGACCUGUGAAAACUUUGUGAAGCCAUCUGCUAUCUAAUCCUAAGGAUGGCCAGUUGCUCUAUCUGGCAGAGACAUGGUAGGUAUAGCAGAGACUGGUUCAGGUAAAACUCUCUCAUUCCUGCUGCCCGGUAUAAGAGGAGAAGGACCAAUUGUCCUUGUUAUGGCACCCACAAGAGAGUUAGUGAACCAAAUAGAGCAGCAAUGCAGAAAAUUCGCUCAACCAUGCAAAAUAUCAUGCUUAGCCAUUUAUGGUGGUGUUCCUAAAGAUAGUCAAUAGCAAAAACUAUAAAAAGGAGUCGAAAUAUUGAUAGCAACUCCAGGUAGAUUGCUGGAUUUUAUGGAAUCUGGAGUCAUUAAACUUAAUAAAGUCACUUAUCUGGUUUUAGAUGAGGCUGACAGAAUGCUAGACAUGGGAUUUGAAAAGCACAUCAGGAAAAUCUUAAGUCAUGUAAGACCUGAUCGACAAACUCUCCUUUGGAGUGCGACCUGGCCUAAGGAAGUUGAAGAGUUAGGUAGAUCCUACUGCAAUGUUUUGCCUGUGCAUAUUCAGAUCGGCAAUCCUGGUCUCACUGCAAAUCUCAGGAUUAAGCAGACUAUUGAGGUUGUUGAUGAAGAUCAGAAAUAUUUCAAGUUCAUGAGUUUUAUGAAGAAAAUCAAUGAUGGAUCGAAGGUCAUAGUAUUUUGUGAAACCAAGAGAGGAGUAGAUGAACUAGCCAAGUGUAUGAGACAAGAUGGCUGGCAUGCAGUAAAGGGCAUCCAUGGUGAUAAAUCUCAAUCUAGGGAUGCUACCUAUAAGGAUUUUAAGGAUGGAGUUUGCUAUAUACUGAUUGCAACUGAUGUGGCAUCAAGAGGAUUGGACGUCAAAGACAUUAAGUAUGUGAUUAACUACGACAUGCCAAGCUAAUGUGAGGACUACGUUCAUAGAAUUGGUAGGACAGCUAGAGCCGGCUAGUCAGGAAGUGCUUAUGCCCUAUUUACCAAGAAGAAUAUGAUGAUUGCACCUGAUCUUGUGAAGGUAAUCCUAUCAAUUAAAAAAUAAAUGACAUUUAUUCAGCUCUUAAAGCAAGCUGGUCAAGAGAUUCCAGAGUAAAUAUAUGAAUUCUCAGAAAUGGCUAAGAAGACAAAAGAUCAAAAACAACAAUACAGGAAAUGGAGAAGAGUAGACAAAAAUGAGGGAAGUUACGGUAAUGAGUCUUCCUACGACUAGCAAAGAGAGCGCACCUACAGUUAUAAGGGAGGCAAUUCUUAGCACGAUCUGCAAGAUGACGACAACGAAGAGUACAAGGAAGGUGAGAGAAAAGGAGAAUCUGAACCCAAUCCCUAGUUAAGUAAUCAAUUGGGUCAGGCUUCAGUUUCAACUAAUUCUAGUGAGUUCACUCACAAUGCAAAGGACGAGGUUGAACUUCAAAAGCUGAACAAGAAUUUCCAAAACUACUUUGACAAGGACUAGACUAAUUCUAAUUCUGAAAGUAAUCCUGCUAACAAUGAAGGUCUUGCAAGUAUGGCACCACCUUCAUUAUCUGCUAACUCAAGUGCUCAAGCAAAUCCAGUUUACGCUAAGAAAUGGGGUAAGAAGUGA